AUGGGUUUCGAGCCCCCGCCGUGGGCCUCCCAACCGUGCAGGAUCGCGACGCUCGAGGUGUGCGUGCCCGGCGCGGGCGCGGAGGCACUGCCGAUCGACCAGAAGUCGUACUACGUUUUGGGCAGAGAGCCGGGGAGCGACGUGGUUAAUGGCGACGAGACAGUGUCGAAGUUGCACGCCGCGAUUGUGCACCAUGAGGACGGCCGCCUGUUCUUGAUAGACCUGAAAUCGACUCAUGGGACACAUCUUGGUGGCUCCAAGAUACCAGGUCACAAGCCCACUUUGCUGAAAGACAAGAUGGAAUUCAGACUAGGGCAGUCAAGUGUCCAGUACCGCGUACGCUGCGAGUCAUCUGCUGAAAAGAGAAGGGCAACGAGUUUGGAAGAACAACUUGCUGGAAGCAAAGGACAUCAGAGCAUGUGUGUGCAGGCAUCACACAUUCUUGUGAAGCAUAAAGACUCCCGCAGGCCCAAGUCCUGGAAGUCUCCAGUCAUCAUGAGGACACAGGAAGAGGCAAUGGAAAUUAUAAAGGGCUUCCGUGAGCUCAUAGUGAACGGACAGGCAGACUUCAAGGAGAUUGCAUCAACAGAAAGUGAUUGUAGCAGCGCAAGGCGGGGAGGCGAUCUGGGCCCAUUUGGGCCUGGGCAAAUGCAGAAGGCUUUUGAAGAUGCAACUUUCGCUCUGGAAGUCAAUGAGCUCAGCCAACCCGUGAUCUCCGACUCUGGGGUGCAUCUCAUUCUUCGGACUGCGUGA